AUGGCGCCCACAGACAACACCGCCCAGACCACCGACCCGGACAACGUCGGAUCCCUUUCUCACAAGUCGAUCCUGGUCCUGAUCUGGGUCUGCUUCGGCGUCGCCGCGCUGUUCGUCGCGCUGCGUACUUUCAUCCGUCUACGUUCUCCCACGACCAGCCGGGUAGCACCCUUCGAAGACUGCUGGCUGUUCCUCGCCUUGGCAUCCUUACUCGGUCUCUGUGUCCUCGAAACAAUACAGCUGCCGAGUCUCUACUACAUCACUGGCAUCCUGACCGGCGCGAUCCCCUUGACCUCGGCGGAGGUCAUCAUCAACCAUACCGAAUCAUACCUCCUUUACCAGUUUCCCAUCACCAUCCUCUUCUGGACUGUCCUCUGGUCCGUCAAGGGAGCUUUCCUGUCUCUCUACUGGCGUCUAUUCCGCGAUCUAAACUGGUACCGCCGGUUCUGGUUCGGCCUGGCGGCAUUCACCUUCCUGGCCUAUGGCGGAUGUGUCACGACGCUAGUCUUAUCCUGUGGAACAGAUGUCCGCAACUUUUUCACCUUCAACAUGUGCGCGGGGCCGGACAAGGUGUGGUUGAGCAACUUCAGUGUGUUGUUCAGCACUGCUGUUGAUGUGUUUACGGAUCUGUGCAUCAUGGCCAUGCCGCUGCGGCUGAUCUACAACAUCAAUGUGUCGAUGAAGCAAAAGAUUGGGUUGGUCGGGGUCUUCAGCUUGGGGUUUGUCAUGAUUGUGUUCGCCGUCAUCCGCGCGAACCAGAGCUUGGCCAAGGAGGGGUUUGUCAACCUGACACUGCUCCUCGUUUGGUCCACGCUGGCCGCGUCCAUAUCCGUCAUCGUUGGCACCCUACCUGCACUCAAAGUGCUCAUCACCGCCCGCGCCCGCGCCUCAGAGAACCGUUCCGCUGGUGGUGUCGGAUCCCUGGGCUCCCGCGCGAUACAACCGAAAAUGUCGAGCUUCGGAACCCGGAAAAGCGUCAAGAGUGCCAAGAGCGUCGCGCUGGCCUCGAUACGACGCGACAGCAACAACAAUGCGGUCAAGUCGAUGACUGGGUCGAACUCGGAUGCGGGGGAAUCGCAGGAGGAGAUCUUGGUACAGCGGGAUGUGACCGUCUCAUACAGUCAGAGCCCACGUUCUCCACCCCCACGAUACCACCAACGAUAUCAGGAUAAAAUGAUAUAA